UGAAACACUUCUUAUUCUGGGAGGAGAGACUGCAGCGAAGAAUGUUCCUGCCCUUUCUUUCUGGUUGUCAGUAUAAGGGAAGUACAAUUGGUUGGGAUGAAGGAGAAGAUGAUGGUGAUAUGUGCGGAAGUGCCUUGAUUCCAGGAGGCUAGGUCAAUUGGACAGAUGGCCAGAGAUUUUCUUGAGGAGACUGCCUGCCUCACAUCUGGAGCCUCAACACCAGCUCCAGGGCUGAGAGGGUACAGCUGCUUCACCUCUGCUCCUGAGCAGACACCGGUGCCACCACGGCCAUACCAAGGUGUCCGUGUGAAGGAGCCAGUGAAAGAAUUGCUGAGGAGGAAGCGUGGCCUCGCCAGUAGUGGACUCACAGUGGCCGCAACCACGGUGGUGUUGCCCCAUCAACCCCUUGCAACCUAUGCCACAAUGGGGCCAUCCUGCCUGGACAUGGAAGUCCCUACAUCCACGGUGACAGAAGAAGGGGCCCUUUGCACUGGUUGGCUCUCCCAGCCUGCUCCUGCCACUCUGCAGCCUCUGACGCCAUGGACACCCUACCCUGAGUACAUGCCACAUGAAGGUGUCAGUUGCCCUUACUCUACUGAUAUGUAUGUUCAGCCUGUGUGCCCCAGCUACACCGUGGUUGGACCCUCAUCAGUGCUGACGUAUGCCUCCCAGCCACUCAUCACAAACUUCACGACUAGGAAUGCCACGCCAACAAAUGGGCCUCAGCUGGAUGGUACGGAGCACCAGGCACCUCUGACUUACUUCUCAUGGCCUCAGCCCAUUUCAGCUCUGCCCAGUUCUACCCUGCAGUACCAGUCCCCAGCUCCUUCACUGCCUGGGCCACAGUUUCUACCCCUUCCCAUCUCCAUCCCGGAGCCAGCCCCUCAGGACCUAGAAGAUACAAGAAGGGCAAUCAAUACAAUGCCCAUAGAAAAACUGCUCCUGGAAGAAGAAGAAAGUGAUACAUAUGGGAUGAACCAUACUCUGUCUGUGGAAGGGUUUUAA